UUUUUUUGUUAUUUUUGCUGUUGUUGCUGAUGGGAGAUGAACAAAUAAUUGCCAAUUGGCUUUGGCAUUAGGUUCCGGAAUGUUGCGUUUGGGAUUUUGGAAUUUGGUUUCUUCUUAGGAAUUUUAAUAAUGAUAAAUUAAAUAAAAACAAAAUAAUGCAAAGUCAUCGCCCGAUUUAUUAUUAUCAUUGAAUUCCUGUUUUUCUCCAUAGAAGAAGAAAGAAGAAAAGGAAAUUCCACAACAACAGAGACAGGAAAUUAGGAAGGAGAUCCAUCAAAAAAGGAGAAAAAAAGAAGAAUCAGAUCCUCUUUUUCUAUAAUCAUCCACAAGAUUUCAGGAGUUGCAUUCGGAUCUCUGGGUCUGAAAGAGAAAACAGAGGAAAAGGUUCUUCAGAAGAUCAUAUCUUUUUGUUUGUUUGUUUCUCAAUUUGUAAAGGCGAAAAGGGGUUCGAGCUGGAUUAAGUUAUAUACAGAUAGAUUAAAAAAGAUUUUUUUCUUUUUCUUUGUCGAUGAUCUGGAAAGCGUAAUAAACAACCAGGGAUUCGUAAAUUUUGUCUAUACAAUUCGAUUUCUGACAGAUAAUUUUUUUCUCCAAGAGAAAGACAGGAGGACCAGGAGAUGAGCAAAGAAGAACCUGUAAAGCUAGAUGACGAACAGCUCGCAGAGCUACGGGAAAUAUUCAGAACAUUUGAUCGAAACAACGACGGAAGUUUGACGCAGCUCGAGUUAGGAUCACUGCUCCGAUCCCUUGGCUUAACACCAAGUCCAGAUCAACUCGAUACAUUGAUUCAAAAAGCGGAUACAAACAGCAACGGUUUGAUCGAAUUCUCGGAAUUUGUUGCACUUGUUGCACCAGAGCUUCUACCUGCGAAGUCUCCCUAUACAGAAGAUCAACUUAAACAAUUAUUCAGUAUGUUUGAUCGAGAUGGGAAUGGGUAUAUUACAGCUGCUGAAUUGGCUCAUUCUAUGGCGAAAUUGGGUCAUGCACUUACAGCUAAAGAAUUAACAGGUAUGAUCAAAGAAGCGGAUACAGACGGUGAUGGUCGCAUUAGUUUUCAGGAGUUUUCGCAGGCUAUUACCUCUGCUGCAUUCGAUAAUUGUUGGGCUUGACAUGAUAAAUGACUACUGGUGUGUCUUCUAAAUGUUUUAUGUUCUUCAUUUUUUUCAUUUUUUUUCUUCCCGUUUCUGUUUCUUGUUCAUUUGCUUCUAGUAUAAAUUGUGCGGGUGUCUAGUGCAAUUGCAGUCGGCUGAAAAAUAUCGAUGUUUUUAGUAGAGUUAGGUGUUGUAAGCGAAAUUAAUCGACGAAAACAAAAUGGAAAACGUAUAAUAAUUACUAUGGCAGAUUGCAAGGAUGCAGUAAGAUUGACUAAUGGUCUUGUUUGAGCUUUUCCGUGUAUGUAUAUAUGUAGAGGAAGAAUGCCUUUGGUUUGGGAAGCCAACAAUGAAUGAACAAUUUUACAGGUUUCCAUUAUGUAA